AUGAAAAAAGCAUUUACUUUCCUUCCUGGUCUUCGACCCGAUAGACAAGAUAUUACAUCAGGUAAGCAAGCCCACCAUGCCUUCCUGGAUAUUGCGAGGCUUACCAUCGCAGGUGAUCCCAGCUCAGCCCUCAAAAGGAGGAGAGAGCAGCUCCGCAAGGCUCAGCGCACACAUCGACAGCGCAAGGAUCAAUAUUUCAAGACCCUCGAAAGUCAACUCUUCCGUUUACGCGCCAGUGAAGUCAGCUUGACUCUUCAAGUUCAAGAACUUCGGAAUCAGGUCGAAGCACUCCGGCUGUCUCCCUUCUGUGUACCGCAUGAUAGAUCCACGAUAUCUGAAAGCGAUGAGCAUGCUACUGUCUUAGAUUCUUGGGAUACCGAAUCGAGAACGCAUGUGUCCAGCCAGAUUACUAGCAUCGAGAAUUCGUCCACUCGAUCGUCAAACCCCCAUAAUCAAGAAACUGGCUUUAUUGACGCUCAUCAACUGGCUCCUUUUCUCGGCCCAGCAAACCCUUUGAACUCUUCUCCCGUGACCCAUGACAAAUCACGAGGCCUAGACAUGAUCGGUGCAGGCAUGGAGUUUGUCCUAGCGUACGUAUCACUUCCGACACAGUCUAUCACUUUGUGUUCUGUUUAG